AAACCUGAGAGGGAACUGGGCAAGCGAUGCUCUGAACUUCUGAUUCCUCAAUACACCAAACCUUAACCACCGGGCUCACACUUCCAGCAGACGAGAGCCUCGAACCUUCCAUCGCCAUUCCCGAUACGAUACGAGAGCAAACAUCUGCACGCGACGGCGACGGCGACGGCCACGGCUUUCUCCGCUCGUACCCUCCCGAUGUGGCUGUCGCGGCGAGGCGCCCGCUCGGGUCUCGCCCUUCUCGCCCUCGCCUUCGCCCUCGCGGCCCGCGGCGCGGACGCGUCCAUCCACGAGUACUCCGGCGGCGGCUUUGCGCCGCGCGCCAACUCAUUCUUCUUCCACGGCGGCAGCGAGGGCCUCUACGCUUCCGAAUCCUCCUCAAACUCCUCCAACUCCUUCAUCAGGUUUGACAUUGUUACAUUUCGACGGUCCCAGGAGUCAGCAGCUAGACAUGAAGAAAUGCAGCAAAAGACAGGACUAGUAGAGGCCAUUAUUGUUGAGAUCCAGGACAGAGACAAAAUCGGGGGUUCUUACUUGCACUCUGAUGCAAUAUGCUGCACCCCUGAGCUUGACAAGGAGAAGUCCUGUAAAGUAGGUGAAGUUAUUAUACGGCCAAAUCCUGAUAAUCCAGACUGGCCAAAAAGAAUUCAGACAUUCUUUGAUGGUAAAAAUGAAGAAACUACCAUGGGAACACAGAGUGUCUCUAUAAACAAAACAGGGAUGUACUAUCUCUACUUUAUGUUCUGUGAUCCUCAACUCCGUGGAUUGAAGAUUACAGGCAGGACAGUUUGGCGGAAUCCUCAUGGUUAUAUCCCUGGAAAAAUGGCCCCGAUGAUGACAUUUUUUGGUUUCAUGUCACUUGCGUAUCUUGCACUUGGGCUUCUAUGGUUUCUUCAGUUUGUGAGAUGUUGGAAGGAUAUUUUGCAGCUGCAUUACCAUAUAACAGCUGUUAUUGCACUUGGUAUGUGCGAAAUGGCUUUCUGGUACUUUGAGUAUGCUAACUUCAAUUCAACUGGGACCAGACCUAUGGGCAUAACCUUGUGGGCGGUUACAUUUACUGCUGUGAAGAAGACCGUGUCUCGCCUUCUUCUGUUAGUAGUUUCAAUGGGCUAUGGUGUUGUUCGACCCACAUUGGGUGGGAUUACAUACAGGGUUGCUGCUCUUGCUAUCAUCUAUUUUACUGCCUCAGAAGCCCUUGAACUUGUUGAAAAUCUGGGAAACAUCAAUGACUUCUCUGGCAAAACGAGAUUAUUUCUAGUGUUGCCUGUUGCCAUACUUGAUGCUACCUUCAUCAUCUGGAUAUUUUCAUCCCUCUCUAGAACUCUAGAGAAACUGCAGCUGCGGAGAAGCAUGGCGAAACUUGAAUUGUAUCGGAAGUUUACAAAUUCUCUAGCUAUGUCAGUGGUUAUCUCAAUUGCUUGGAUUGGCUAUGAGCUAUAUUUCAAUGCAACCGAUCCAUUGAGUGAGCUUUGGCGAAGGGCUUGGGUCAUCCCUGCCUUCUGGAAUGUCCUCUCAUAUGUCCUUCUUGCCAUCAUAUGCACCCUUUGGUCACCAUCUCGUAAUCCAACAGGAUUUGCAUAUUCAGAGGAGACAGGUGAUGAGGCUGACGAGGAAGGACUCUCUCUUGUAGGCAGUGCUGUUAAAGGAACAGGAGAUAUUGUGAACAUGCAUGUGUUUACUGAGGAUAAACGUGCAUGAGAAGUUAUUGACUUAGUGCAGCUGUACUCCUUGUGGAAUGCUAUGUGAAGUACCGUACCGUUUCCCUAUGGAUUCAUGGAUAGCUGACAUCUGCUGAAGCUUGCGUGCGAUUCUGAUGUAUAGGUGGUGACUUUGUGUUGAAGGAUUUGACUUCCACAUGAUUUUACCCGUCCAAUGAUGACUACCCGAUACAAAGAAGUUGGCGAAAUAAACUAGAGUUUGAGAGCAUGGAGUGUGCCUUACUGCAGUUGUUGUGGUUGGCGUGUAGACUUGUAGAUUGGUAGAAGCCUACCCUCUCAAACGCUUGAUUGCAUCGCUCCCGCUCUGCAUGGAUCGAAAUGGUGUUGCGGCAGUUCCUUGUGUAUUUAUCAUAUGUACGCUUAUAAAACGAACUAGCAACUAUAUAAUCAUAUAUGUUGAUGAUUUUGCCUUCUUGUU